CGACUCAACUCGAAUCGAAUCGACUCUGCUUUCGUGCUCUAUCUUGGCUCUUCUUCACUUUCUUUGUGAGUGGGACUUUUCACAAACAGUUGGCACCCGUUCGCAAAUUCAAAAAAAUAGGUUCAUAGGUGAAGCAGAAACAAGUUGAAUAGAAACAAAGAUGGCUCCCAAAGUUCUCAUGGUCGCGGAGAAGCCUAGCAUUGCUCUCUCUAUCGCCUCUGUUCUCUCCCACGGCCAGAUGUUUACAAGGAAAGGAAGCACAGAAGUUCAUGAAUUUGAGGGGAAGUUUCUUGGUUCCCCUGCACAUUUUAAAGUGACAUCGGUUAUUGGUCAUGUAUUCAGUGUAGAUUUUCCUGGUAAAUAUCAAGAUUGGUCAGCCACAGAUCCAUUAGAUCUCUUUCAAGCUCAGGUUUUAAAGAAUGAAUCAAACCCAAAGGCGCAUAUUUGUAGGCAUUUAAACCAAGAAGCUCGUGGAUGCCGUUUUUUGGUAUUGUGGUUAGAUUGUGAUCGUGAAGGAGAAAACAUAUGUUUUGAGGUUAUACAAUCAACUGGUUUCAAUGUAAAUGAUGUUUAUCGUGCACGGUUUUCUUCUGUUACUGAGAAAGAUGUCUUGAAGGCUCUAGACAACCUUGUCAGACCCAACAGAGAUGAGGCACUGGCAGUAGAUGCUAGGCAAGAGAUAGAUUUGAAAGUUGGGGUUGCCUUUACUCGAUUUCAGACAAGUUUCUUCCAGGGAAAAUAUGGAAACCUAGACUCCAAAGUCAUCUCCUAUGGACCAUGUCAAACUCCUACUUUAGGAUUUUGCGUGCAGCGGUAUUUACAAAUAAAUACUUUCAAGCCAGAAAAGUUUUGGAGUGUGAACCCAUACAUAGUUCACAGUGGCUAUGAAAUCCAGCUCGAAUGGCAACGUAGUAAAUUGUUUGACAUAAAUGUUGCUACGAUGUUUCAAAAGCUGGUUGCCGAGGAUGGACUUUUGGAAGUGACCGAAAUAUCAGAAAAACAAGAAACCAAAAGUCGCCCUGUUGGUCUAAACACAGUGAAUCUUCUAAAGGUUGCUUCAAGUGCUCUUGGAUUUGGUCCUCAUAUGGCUAUGCAACUAGCUGAACGGUUGUAUACUCAAGGCUUCAUCAGCUAUCCACGUACAGAGAGCACAGCAUACCCACCUUCAUUUGACUUUCGUGGUGCACUCUCUGCACAAGCAAAUAAUCCAACUUGGGGUAAUUAUGUGGAAGGGCUACUUACCAAUGGUUACCUGAAACCUCGACUUGGAACUGAUGUAGGCGACCAUCCUCCCAUUACUCCAAUGAGACCUGCAGCGGAGGAUAUGUUGGGCAAUGAUGCUUGGAAGCUGUACCAAUAUAUUUGCCAACACUUCAUAGGGACAGUGUCUCCAGACUGCAAGUAUGCAAGGAGAAAGGUUGAGUUUUCAAUUGGGGGAGAGUCCUUUCAUUGUACAGGGCAGCAUGUUAUCACCAAAGGAUUUACGGCUAUAAUGCCUUGGUUGGCAAUAAAUGAUAAAAAUAUUCCAUCAUUUAUAAAAGGGCAGAAAAUAGAAGUAUCAAAGGUGGAGCUCUAUGAGGGGACUACAACACCUCCAGAUUAUCUUACUGAAAGUGAACUGAUCUCCCUGAUGGAGAAAAAUGGAAUAGGAACAGAUGCAUCAAUUCCUGUUCAUAUUAACAACAUAUGUGAACGGAAUUAUGUGCAGGUACAAGCGGGCAGAAAGCUUGUCCCGACUACGUUAGGCAUAACUUUAGUAAGAGGCUAUCAAUCAAUUGAUCCAGACCUCUGCCUGCCCGAUAUCCGUAGCUUCAUUGAGCAACAGAUUACUCUUAUUGCUAAGGGUCAGAUUGAUCAUCAUCGUGUAGUGCAGCAUGUAAUCCAACAAUUCAAGCAGAAGUUUUGUUACUUUGUCAAGAAGAUUGAAGCCAUGGAUGCAUUAUUUGAAGCACAAUUUUCCACACUUGUUGAUUCAGGCCGUAUUCUUAGUAAAUGUGGGAAAUGCUUGCGGUAUAUGAAGUACAUUUCUGCUCAGCCCUCACGUUUAUAUUGCGGUAUAUGUGAGGAGGUGUAUUAUCUUCCACAGAAAGGCACAAUCAAGCUGUACAAGGAAUUGUCUUGUCCUCUAGACAAUUUCGAGCUUUUGCUCUGCUCGAUGGGCCCAGAUGGUAAAUCUUUCCCUCUCUGCCCAUACUGCUACAGCAAUCCCCCAUUUGAAGGUAUUGAAGCACUCAUAAAUACGGCGAAAACUAGUACUUCGGGCAAGAUUGGCAAGGGAGCUGGCAUGCCAUGCAUCCUAUGUCCCCAUCCCACUUGCCCAAAUUCUCUGGUUUCCCAGGGUGUAUGUGCUUGCCCAGAGUGCAGCGGGACACUUGUCUUAGACCCAGUAAGUGCUCCCAAAUGGCGACUUUGUUGCAAUAUGUGCAAUUGCCUAGUUUUUCUUGCACAGGGUGCUCAUAGAAUUUCCACUACUAAAGAACGGUGCCCUGAAUGCGACUCUUCAAUCAUUGAAGUGGACUUCAAUAAGAAAGCAACUCCUCUAGAAGAUGGAUCCACUUUGCACCGUGGUUGCAUUCUUUGUGAUGAGUUACUGCAUUCCCUUGUGGAGAUGAAACAUGGGAGAGGCUUCAGGCAGAGUUCACGGGGAAGAGGAAGAGGAGGAAGAAAAGGCGGGUAUAGGGGCAGAGGACGCAGGGGUGGAUCAAUGGUGGACCCAAAAAUGAGUUUCCGAGAUUUCUAAGCAGUGGUUCACUGCUCACCAUGUAUGUAUGGUUCUUUUUUUUUCUUCAAGAAAACCGCACUUUACUAUGUUUCUUGAGUUAUCAUGUCCUUGAUGGAUUCAUUAGUUUUAAUUUUCUAAGGUCGAUUUUUUAGUUGUUCAGUUACCUUAAAUUUGUUCUUGGCAUAAUUUUCUCCUUGUUAAUCUAAGGGCCCGUUUGGUGGUCAGGAUAGGAUA